UUCUGGGCGUGGUGGAUUGGUUACUGGCUCUCGAGCAGUUUUGUGGCAGUUUCUGCUGUUUUUGCAUGCUGUGGGGUGAUCUGAGGAGCUGUUGCAAUGCUAGCGGUGGCGAAGAUGCCCAAGAAGACGCUGGACGUCCAGGUCACGACACUGGACGCCGUUCUAGAGUUUUCCAUCGAGGCCAAGUCGAAUGGGAAGCAGCUGUUUGAGCAGGUCACCCGUACCAUCGGACUGAGAGAGGUGUGGUACUUUGGACUACGAUUUACAGACAACAAGGGCUACACCAGCUGGCUAAGAUCGGACAAGAAGGUGGUGGAUCAGAACAUAAAGCUGCAGGAGCGGCAGCCCAUCCAGUUUCACUUCAAGGUGAAGUUUUACCCCGAGGACGUGAGCGAAGAGUUGGUCCAGGAGCUGACUCAGCACCUCUUCUACCUCCAAGUCAAGGAGGCUGUGCUCAGUGAGGAUAUUUACUGCUCUCCCGAAGCGUCAGUCUUGCUGGCUUCGUACGCUAUUCAGGCAGAGUAUGGUGACUAUGACCCUGAUAUCUACCAGCCGGGCUUUCUCUCCAAUGAAAGACUACUCCCAAAGAGGGUGAUAGACCAGUACCAGAUGACUCAGGACAUGUGGGAGGAGAGAAUCACUGGGUGGUAUGCCCAGCACAAGGGCAUGCUCAAAGAGGAGGCCGAGAUGGAGUAUCUGAAGGUGGCACAAGACCUAGAGAUGUACGGCAUCAACUACUUUGUCAUCAAGAACAAGAAGGGGACCCAGCUCUGGCUGGGAGUGGACGCCUUUGGUCUCAACAUCUACGAACAGGACGAUCAACUCUCUCCCAAGAUUUCUUUCCCCUGGGGAGAGAUCAGGAACGUCGAAUACCACGGAAAGAAAUUCUGUAUAAUGCCAACCGACAAGAGGUCGCCGAGUUUCGUGUUUUACGUGGCCAAAACGAGGACCUCUGACUUGAUAAUGCAGCUGUGUAUUGGGAACCACGACAUGUUCAUGAAGCGACGGAGACUAGACACGAUGGAGGUCCAACAGAUGAAGGCCCAGGCCAAGGAGGAGAGGGCCCGGAAGCUGGCAGAGAGAGAUAGGCUGGAGAGAGAGAAGCAGGCGCGGCUCGAGGCAGAGAGGAGACAGAUGGAGCUGGAGGAGAGACUGAGGCAGAUGGAGGGCGAAGUGAGGAAGGCCAUCCACGCUCGGAUGCAGACCGAGGAGACACUCAAGAUGGUGACAGAACAGGUGAAGGUGGCCCAGGAGGAGGCGCAGGUUCACGCCCGCAAGAACCUUGAGGCCGAGGAGGAGGUGCGGCGGGCAAGGCAGAACGCAGUCCGCAGCGAGGAGGAGAGGAUGGCCAUGGAGAGGAAGGUCCAGCAGGUGGAGAGUGCCAUGCACGCUCAGUUGAGACACCAAGAAGUGGCUGACGGUGUACAGAGAGUUGACCACGACACAUCGGGAGGGGGAGGAGGGGGAGGAGGGGGCAGUGGUGCCAGUGGAGAGGGGAGACACUCCCCGAGACACCAGGCCAGCGGCAGUGCAUCUGCCAAGUCUCCGUCCAGUUCUCUAACAGGGAUCUCUGCAGUCAGCUCCGGCUCCAGCAGUACCACUGGCAACACCAGUACCACUGCCACCGUCGCUUCUCCGCCAUCUGGUGCAGGAUUGGAUGUUUUGACAGCCAACAGCAGCCCCAGACCUCUCACCCCUCACGGAGAGAUCGACCUCACCCCCAAUGGAGACAUGGAGGAACUCUCAAAACAACUCGAGAAAGAAAGCCAAGCCUACCAGGAGAGGUCAAGGUACAUCAGUGACCAGCUGAGUGCCCUCAAGACCCAGAUGGACGACCUCAAGAUGGAAGACAGAAUGACGCGCAACGACCUCCUCCACGAGGAACUCAUCCGCCUCGGAAACAACAAGAGAUUAGCACUUGACAAGGUAGACUGCUCAGUCAACGAGUGUCACGGGUUCGAAUCCUACCCAUGGAAGCUCUUUUUUCCUCGGAAGAAAAGCGUUGUCUUGGUUGUUGUUGAAUUGUACCUUUGCGUUGCGGCCUCGUUUAUGUUUUACAUGCAUGUUUUCUGUGUCUCACACAGCUACAUACUACAUACAUACAGGAGUGCCUCUGAAUUGGUUUGUGUUUUAGUUGUGUUGGUUUGACUGGAGCCCUGUCUGGUGAGCUGCUCUGGUAGCACAGUGGGGAGAGCUCUCUGCCUAUAGAGCAGUCUUGUGGGUCAGGUCCUACCCAGGACAGCUCAAAAAGGGCUGUCCUGAGUGGCUCAUGAAUAGAGGGAGCAGAGGGAAGAGUGAAAAGUUUCUCAUCUUGUUCAGAGUAAAACAGGUCCCCAGAAGACACGGAUUGCAUUCUACGAGGAACUAUGACACACAAGAAGAAGAACAAGUCUAUAACGUAACCCUCCUGUUAGAAGAACUUUAGCAGGACAUUGGUCACUUGAGCACUGCCACUACAACAAGUCAUUCUUCACUGUCCCUCCACAUCUACUGUGUGUGUGUGUGUGUCGUUAUUUUGUGUUGAUCAUCUAUAAAUUAUAUAUUUAGUACAUAGCACAUACUACAAACACUGUCAUUUUCGGAGUGUAUGGAGCUAUUGUGGAGUUGAUUACAGUGUGGUGAUAUUAUGGUGAAGCAGGGGUGUCACAUCUCUGGGGUGGUAGCCAGUGUCUCUCUCAUGGCAGCAUCACACAGAGUCACCAUGUCCCCCGCUGUCUGCACCUCGUCCUGGGUGGCCUCACGCACACUGUGGCACUUGAGCCACUCCUGCUUCUCGUCCCAGCCUCCAACCACUCUGCAAGCAUCAAUAACAAACAUUCAUACACUUUCACUAUUGAAGCAACCUUAUACUUUUUCUGCCCAC